AUGAUUACAGCUUUGCUUACAGGUGACAACAUAUUCGUGCAAAGUAUUGCAUCCACGCCAACUCCUUUGCUGAAGGGUCUCUGUGAGCAUGUGAAGGCGAACGAUCUAAAAGGUAUUAAACUGCAUCACCUAAUUAUCGCCGGAGAAGCUCCGUGGACAGCGCCUGACUUGAGAGAUCGAAUUCGCUCCAACUCUCUCUUCACUGGUGAUAGUCUCCGGAAUGCUGUCAACGAAGGUAUCGCCGAUUUCAACUCAUGCUUCUUGCAAGAAGCUCCCAAACUUUUUCGUAAAGGAGUCAUCAAGCUCAACGCCGCUCUAAUCCAUGUAUCCCCACCUGACUCGAAAGGCUAUUGCUCGCUAGGAGUUUCUGUGGAUAUUGCGAGAGCAGGUGUAGCGAAUGCUGACUACGUUAUCGGUCUGGCGAACAAGAACAUGCCGAGAACGUUCGGAGAUAGUGUGAUCCAUUCAUCGCAUAUCGAUGUGCUCGUCGAAGAUCAUUCUUUUCCCGUCUGCGAACUUCCCAUCGGAAAAAUCAGCGAAGAAGAGCAGAAGAUCGGAAGUAUAAUUGCUGAAAACUUGGUGGACAAUGGCGCAACACUUCAAAUGGGUAUUGGAGCCGUGCCAGACGCUGCAUUAGCUGCAUUGAAAAAAUCACAAAGAUCUUGGAAUUCACACGGAGAUGUUCUCAGAUGGUGUGCUGGAUCUGCUGGCCGUGUACGUCCUGGCAAGCUGGUGGUCUCCUUCGUCUACGGUACUAAGCGAUUGUACAACUUCUUGAACAACAACCCGCUAGUCGAAUUCGGAGAUGUCCAAUGGGUCAACGAUCCUGCUAUUAUCCGACAGAAUCCCAAACCUGUUGAGGUUGAUCUCACUGGUCAAGUGGUCUCCGAUUCAGUUGGCAAACGGUUUUUGUCCGGUUUCGGCGGACAAGUAGAUUUCAUCCGUGGAGCAGCCGUCUGUAAUGAUGGCCUUGGCAAACCAAUCAUUGCUCUUCCAUCGGUUUCGAAGAAAGGCCAAAGCAAGAUUGUACCCUACAUACAGCAGGGAGCUGGUGUUGUCACAUCUCGAUCUCAUGUACACUACAUUGUCACGGAAUACGGUAUUGCUCAACUAUGGGGUAAGAAUAUGCGGCAAAGAGCGUACGAACUCAUCAAGAUCGCUCAUCCAUCUCACCGUGCAGCAUUGGAAAAGGCAGCCUUUGAAAGAUUGAAGGUUAUGCCGUCAGCGGACUAA